UUGCCGUCUCUCCUCCUUCCUCUACGUGCUGACGCGAUGCUCACGCUCUAUGUAGCGGCGAUGCAAUUGCCAGUCAGGUUCCACACUGCUGUGGCUGCCUAGCGAAGCAGUGUGGACUUGGUCUCACCCACAUUCCGUAAACUUUAGCUUUUAAAAUAAGUCAUUACACAUCGCCGUUUCGCAUCUUCUACAGCAUCAGACCAAAAUAUUCUGCUUUAGACACUCAACAUUUUCAGACGUGAAAGCGGACAACAGGCGCAUCCGGAUUAGAAUAUCCUGUACUCAGCGUGCUUUUCACGUGGGUCUGUGUAGCCAGCUAGCAAGCAAGCCACCAAGACGCAACUCGUGAGCCGGUAUUAGGCCAGAUAGCUAGCUAGGCGAGUCGAGUUACUCGAGGAGACAAGAUACCUGCAGCGUUAAAGUGUAGAUUCAGUAGGCCUAUUAUUUUUUCUUACGAAUAUUGCCAGCCAAAAUGACUGUUGAAAUGGCAUCCCUGGUGUUGGAAGAUGGGACGACCUUUAAAGGCCGACUUUUUGGGGCUGUUACUUCUGUCUCUGGUGAAGUCGUGUUCCAGACUGGCAUGGCAGGCUAUCCAGAAGCUCUCACUGACCCUUCCUACAAGUCCCAGAUACUCAUCCUGACCUACCCUCUGGUGGGAAACUAUGGGAUUCCCAAGGACGAGGAGGGGGAGUUUGGGCUCAGCAAGUGGUUUGAGUCUUCCAGAAUUCAUGCAGCUGCCCUCAUUGUUGGAGAGGUUUCACAGAACCCCAGCCACUGGAGCUCCAGCAUGUCCCUGGACCAGUGGCUAAAAGAACAGGGCAUUCCUGGACUAGAGGGAGUGGACACUCGGUGCCUGACCAAAAAGAUCCGCGAGAAGGGAACCAUGCUGGGGAAGCUGGUGGUGGACGGCACCCCUGCCGAGAGCAUUCCAUUCGUUAACCCUGAUCAGAGAAACCUCGUCAAGGAGGUGUCCAUGAAGGAACCCCAGGUGUUCAACCCCAGCGGCAGCGUGAGGAUCACGGCGGUGGACUGUGGCAUUAAAUACAACCAGAUCCGCUGCCUGUGCCAGAGAGGGGCCCGGGUUACCGUGGUGCCAUGGGAUUACCCCCUGGACAGCAAAGACUUUGACGGACUGUUUAUCAGCAAUGGCCCCGGCGACCCGCAGUUCUGUAAGGAGACCAUUGACAACAUCCGGAAGGUGGUGUGUGCGGAUGACCCCAAGCCUGUGUUCGGCAUCUGCCUGGGCCACCAGCUCCUGUCUCUCGUCAUUGGUGCAAAGACCUUCAAAAUGAAGUAUGGGAACCGCGGGCACAACCAGCCUUGCAUCCACAAGGGCACAGACCGCUGUUUCAUCACCUCCCAGAACCACGGCUUUGCAGUGGACCCACUGACACUCCCCGCUGGCUGGGACGUGCUCUUCACCAACGCCAACGACCACACCAGUGAGGGCAUUGUGCAUGAUUCCAAACCCUUCUUCAGUGUCCAGUUCCAUCCAGAGCACAUGGCAGGUCCCACUGACUUGGUCAGUCUUUUCGAUGUUUUUCUGGACACAGUUCAGGACUUCAAGCAGGGCAAGAGUGGCAAGCCAGUUAAGCAAAGACUGAUGGAGCACCUCACGUACCGUGGAGCCUCCAAAGUAGAGGACUUCAUCCGCCCACGUAAAGUUCUGAUCCUGGGCUCUGGAGGCCUGUCCAUUGGGCAGGCAGGAGAAUUUGAUUACUCUGGCUCUCAGGCUAUAAAAGCGCUGAAGGAGGAGAACAUUCAGACUGUUCUCAUUAACCCCAACAUCGCCACAGUGCAAACCUCCAAGGGCCUCGCAGACAAGGUGUACUUUCUGCCGAUCACUCCAGAAUACGUCACACAGGUGAUCAAAAACGAGCGCCCGGAUGGGGUCCUGCUCACCUUCGGGGGUCAGACGGCCCUGAAUUGCGGGGUUGAACUGACCAAACAGGGGAUCCUGGAGAAGUACAACGUGCGGGUGCUGGGGACACCGGUGGCCUCCAUCGAGAUGACCGAGGACAGGAAGAUCUUCGUGGAGAAGAUGGAGGAGAUCAACGAGCAUGUGGCGCCCAGCGAAGCCGCUCUGUCCGUGGAGCAGGCGGUGGCAGCAGCAGAGAGGCUGGGCUACCCAGUUCUGGUUCGCUCUGCCUUUGCUCUCGGCGGUCUGGGUUCAGGGUUCGCCAACACCAAGGAGGAGCUGACCGCCCUGGUCACUCAAGCCUUCGCUCACACCUCCCAGGUCCUCAUUGACAAAUCGCUCAAGGGCUGGAAAGAGAUCGAGUAUGAGGUGGUCAGGGACGCCUAUGACAACUGUGUGACGGUGUGUAACAUGGAGAACAUAGACCCACUGGGGAUCCACACUGGCGAAUCCAUUGUUGUGGCGCCCAGCCAGACGCUCAACGAUUACGAGUACAACAUGCUGAGGAACACCGCCAUCAAGGUCAUACGCCACCUGGGCAUCGUGGGAGAGUGCAACAUCCAGUAUGCCCUCAACCCUGAGUCUGAGCAGUAUUACAUCAUAGAGGUGAACGCCCGCCUGUCUCGAAGCUCCGCCCUCGCCAGCAAGGCCACAGGAUAUCCCCUGGCGUACGUGGCGGCCAAGCUGGGCCUGGGGAUUCCGCUGCCUGUCCUCAAGAACUCUGUGACAAAUUCCACAACAGCCAAUUUCGAGCCUAGUCUGGACUACUGUGUCGUGAAAGUUCCCCGCUGGGACUUGAGCAAGUUCCUGCGGGUCAGCACUAAGAUCGGCAGCUCCAUGAAGAGUGUGGGAGAGGUGAUGGCCAUUGGCCGCAGCUUCGAGGAGGCCUUCCAGAAAGCUCUGAGGAUGGUGGAUGAGAACUGCGUGGGCUUCGAUCACACCAUUAAGCCAGUUUCUGACCAGGAGCUGCAGACGCCCACAGACAAGCGCAUUUUCGUGCUGGCGGCUGCUCUGCGUGCUGGCUAUACUGUGGAUCGCCUGUACGAGCUGACCAAGAUCGACCGCUGGUUCCUGCACAAGAUGAAGAACAUCGCGGACCAUGAGCGGCUGCUGGAGUCGUACGGUCAGGGCGAGAGCACCAUGCCCCCAGAGGUCCUGAGGACGGCCAAGCAGCUGGGCUUCUCCGACAAACAGAUCGCUCAGGCCGUGCAGAGCACGGAGCUUGCGGUGAGGAAGCUGCGUCAGGAUUGGAAGAUUCUGCCCGUGGUGAAGCAGAUCGACACGGUGGCGGCAGAGUGGCCUGCCCACACCAACUACCUGUACCUGACCUACCACGGAACGGACAGCGACCUGAGCUUCAGCGAGCCCCACGUCAUGGUGAUCGGCUCGGGGGUGUACCGCAUCGGCAGCAGCGUGGAGUUCGAUUGGUGUGCUGUUGGCUGCAUCAUGGAGCUCCGCAAGAUGGGCUACAAAACCAUCAUGGUGAACUACAAUCCUGAGACUGUCAGCACGGACUACGACAUGUGCAACCGCCUCUAUUUUGAUGAGAUUUCCUUCGAGGUGGUGAUGGACAUCUAUGAGAUGGAGAACCCGGAGGGCGUCAUCCUGUCCAUGGGGGGACAGCUGCCCAACAACAUCGCCAUGUCCCUGCACAGACAGCAGUGCCGGAUACUGGGCACGUUGCCCGAGUUCAUCGACUCUGCCGAGAACAGGUUCAAGUUCUCCCGUAUGUUGGACACCAUCGGCAUCAGCCAGCCCCAGUGGAAGGAGCUUGCAGACACUAAGUCUGCCAAGCAGUUCUGUGAUACGGUUGGCUACCCCUGCCUGGUCCGGCCCUCCUACGUCCUGAGUGGAGCCGCCAUGAACGUGGCCUACUCCGACUCUGACCUGGAGAAGUUCCUGAGCAGCGCUGUUGCCGUUUCCAAAGAGCACCCUGUGGUCAUCUCCAAGUUCAUUCAGGAGGCCAAGGAGAUAGACGUGGACGCAGUGGCGUGCGACGGGGUAGUCAUCGCCAUGGCGAUCUCGGAACACGUGGAGAACGCUGGGGUACACUCCGGGGACGCCACCCUGGUCACCCCGGCUCAGGAUAUCAACCAGAAGACCAUGGAGCGCAUCAAGAUCAUCGUGCAUGCCAUCGGGCAGGAGCUGCAGGUCACUGGCCCCUUCAACCUGCAGCUCAUCGCUAAGGACGACCAGCUGAAGGUGAUUGAGUGCAAUGUCCGAGUAUCUCGCUCCUUCCCCUUCGUGUCCAAGACGCUGGGGGUUGAUCUAGUUGCCCUGGCAACCCAGGUCAUCAUGGGAGAGGAGGUGGAGCCCGUUGGAGUUAUGAAAGGAGUGGGGAUCGUGGGUGUCAAGGUCCCUCAGUUCUCCUUCUCACGCCUGGCUGGGGCAGAUGUGGUUCUGGGGGUGGAGAUGACCAGCACUGGGGAAGUGGCCUGCUUUGGGGAGAAUAGAUACGAAGCUUAUCUGAAGGCAAUGCUCAGCACUGGCUUCAAGAUCCCCAAAAAAAACAUCCUCCUGUCCAUCGGCAGCUAUAAGAACAAGAGUGAGCUGCUGCCCACAGUGCAAGCCCUGGAGAGUCUGGGGUACAACCUGUACGCCAGCUUAGGAACAGCUGACUUCUAUACUGAGCAUGGGGUCAAGGUGAUGGCUGUGGACUGGCCCUUCGAGGAGGAGAGCGACUGCCCCACCAAGGAGAAGCAGAGGAACAUCAUAGACUACCUGGAGGAGAACCACUUCGACAUGGUCAUCAACCUGUCCAUGAGGAACUCCGGGGGGCGGCGCCUCUCCUCGUUCGUCACCAAGGGCUACCGCACACGCCGCAUGGCUGUCGACUACUCCGUGCCCCUCAUCAUCGACAUCAAGUGCACCAAGCUGUUCGUGCAGGCGCUGCGGCAGAUCGGCCGAGCCCCCCCUGUGAAAACUCACAUCGACUGCAUGACAUCGCAGAAGCUCAUUCGCCUGCCAGGGCUGAUUGACGUUCACGUCCACCUGCGCGAGCCGGGCGCCACCCACAAAGAGGACUUCGCCUCGGGCACGGCGGCCGCUUUGGCGGGAGGAGUCACCAUGGUGUGUGCCAUGCCCAACACGUCCCCCGCAGUCAUUGACCCCAGCUCGCUCGCCAUGGUCCAGAAGCUGGCCAAGGCUGGAUGCCGGUGCGAUUACGCCCUCUUUGUGGGGGCCGCCUCAGACAACGCCACCAUUCUGCCGUCAAUUGCAAACUCAGCAGUUGGGUUGAAGAUGUACCUGAAUGACACUUACUCCACACUGAAGAUGGACAACAUAACGCUGUGGAUGGAGCACUUUGAGAAGUGGCCGAAGCACUUGCCGAUCGUGGCGCAUGCAGAGAAGCAGACUGUGGCGGCCAUCUUGAUGGUGGCACAGCUCUACCAGAGAGCCGUUCAUAUCUGCCACGUAGCCAAGAAGGAAGAGAUCCUCAUCAUUCGAGCAGCCAAGCAGAGGGGAAUCCAGGUGACCUGUGAGGUGGCACCUCACCACCUGUUCCUGUGUGACGAGAAUGUACCAGUGAUUGGGGACGGCAGGGCGCAGGUCCGCCCCAUGCUGGGCAACCGGGAGGACAUGGAGGCCCUGUGGGAGAACUUGGACAUAAUCGACUGCUUCGCCACGGACCACGCCCCUCACUCAGUGGAGGAGAAGAACUCGACGAAUCCGCCCCCUGGUUACCCCGGCCUGGAGACCAUGCUGCCCCUGCUCCUCACGGCCGUCAGCGAGGGCCGACUCACCAUCGAAGACAUCGUAAUGAGGCUGUACGAUAACCCACGCAAGAUCUUCUCCCUGCCCACACAGGACAACACCUUUGUGGAGGUGGACUUGGAGCAAGAGUGGACCAUUCCCAAGCACAUGCAGUUCACAAAGUCCAAAUGGACCCCCUUCGAGGGCAUGAAAGUGAAGGGUAAAGUCAGGAGGGUCGUCCUGAGAGGAGAGGUGGCCUACAUUGAUGGACAGGUGCUGGUACCGCCAGGAUAUGGGGAGGACGUGAAGACCUGGCCUGCUGCUGUUCCUGCCACUCUGCCCCCUAAAACAGUCAAAGAGGCCCUGCAGACCCCAGAGCACCCCAGACAGGCUGGCCCGUCUGAGACACUGCGCGCCCGCACCUCCAGCCCCCGCAGGGCGGCCGGGGACAGCCGCUUCAUGCUGCCGCCCCGAAUCCACAGGGCCUCCGACCCGGGCCUGCCCCCUGCGGCUGAAGACUCAAAGGAGAAAUCCAUGAGAAGAAUUGAAGCAGACAUGGUCCCUACUGCAGAGACCUUCAGUCACCCGCCUCCGCUGGCCCGAAUCCUUUCCCCGCAGACCGGAGCGGCCCAGACCAUGGUCCACAUGCAGACCUCGCCCCUCUUGCACCCCCUGGUGGGCCAGCAUGUGCUGUCAGUUCGGCAAUUCAGCAAAGAGCAGCUGUCGCACUUGUUCAACGUGGCCCACACACUUCGCCUGAUGGUGCAGAAGGAGAGGAGUCUCGAUAUUUUGAAGGGCAAGGUGAUGGCCUCCAUGUUCUACGAGGUGAGCACGCGCACCAGCAGCUCCUUCGCCGCGGCCAUGCAUCGGCUGGGCGGCUCGGUGGUGCACUUCUCCGAGUCCACCUCCUCCACGCAGAAGGGCGAGUCGCUGGCUGACUCGGUGCAGACCAUGAGCUGCUACGCGGACGUGCUGGUGCUCCGCCACCCGCUGCCGGGAGCCGUGGAGACUGCAGCAAAGCACUGCCGGAAGCCAGUGAUCAACGCAGGGGACGGGGUAGGGGAGCACCCUACUCAGGCCCUGCUGGACAUCUUUACAAUCAGGGAGGAGCUGGGCACAGUCAACGGCAUGACAAUCACAAUGGUGGGCGACCUGAAACACGGGCGCACCGUGCACUCGCUGGCCAGGCUGCUCACCCAGUACAGGAUCACCCUGCGCUACGUCGCCCCCAAGAACCUGCACAUGCCCCCUGAGAUCAUCGACUUUGUGGCCUCCAAGGGAAUCAAGCAGGAGGAGUUUGACAGCAUUGAGGAGGCACUUCCAGACACUGACGUCCUGUACAUGACCAGAAUCCAGAAGGAGAGGUUUGCCUCGGAGGAAGAGUACAAUGCGUGUUUUGGACAGUUCAUAUUGACCCCACACAUCAUGACCGGAGCCAAGCGGAAAAUGGUGGUCAUGCACCCUCUCCCAAGAGUCAAUGAGAUCAGUGUUGAGGUGGACACAGAUCCUCGUGCUGCCUAUUUCAGACAAGCAGAAAAUGGCAUGUAUAUCCGCAUGGCCCUCCUGGCCACCGUACUGGGGCGAUGAAAAGGGCAAGGGGAACAAACAGCGGCACCCCAGUCCCACUGCCUUCACAUUUAAGGGACCAAAGUACUCUAGGUCACUUGCUUUUAGUUUCAUAAUGCAACUUAAAUUCAUUCAAAACAGAAAUCGAAAACUGAUGGAAAAAGUCAGUCUAAUAUCUUAAUUGUCAUCCUUCAGGUACUCUUCUAGAAUCAAUUUCUGACACACGAUUCUGAUUUCACACUAUCUGUGCAGAGUGAGAUUGGCUGUACAUGCAAAACCAGUCCUGUGCUGUAGAAUUUAAACCCUUUACUGAACAUAGUUUGAACUUGGCUGCUAUCUUUAAGAAGUCUGUUAUUAUUGGUAAAAGAAGUAAUGUGUCAUGACAAAUGCAAAAACAGUUGGAAUAGUGUGUCUUACUUCCUUCCCUUUCCUAGAGACAAAAAAUGUUACUGUAUUUACUUGACUGGGUAGCCUUUAAUGGACCAUCUUCCUUUCUGACACUGGGGAAGUGCAAGUCCCCUACUGUGAAAACUGUAGUGGACUGUUUGUACUGGUUUGUAUGGUAUCGGGUUGACUGAAGUAAUGUUAAAUGUGGUGGUUUGUCUUCACUUUUUGUAUGGAAUGAUGAAAAGGGAACUGGGUUGUUCAUGUAUUCUGAUGUGAAUGUGUCCAUUCUUUCCGGAGAUCUGUUUUGGUUGGGUUAUACGCACAUCAUUGACUGGGCACUAACGUUUGUAUGGUAAUAUGAUGGCAAUAUGAAGAUCUUGGAUGCGCCUGAAUUUUUAAAAAAAUAUUUAAUA